AGUUGCCAAGUACCCUGAUCUAUUUGAAGAGCCAACAAGGGUUGUUGAUAGGGAGGUCGUCCACNAACAAGGGUUGUUGAUAGGGAGGUCGUCCACGCGAUAGAGAUUAUCCCAGGGUCUAGUAUUCCGAAGGGUAGGAUCUAUCAGAUGUCUCCAGGCGAGCUUGAUGAGCUUCGCCGCCAACUCAAGGAACUCGUAGAGAAGGGUUGGAUCCGGCCGAGUGUCUCUCCUUACGGAUCUCCAGUACUAUUCGUACCUAAGAAGAAGGAGGGCACUCUCAAGAUGUGCAUUGAUUAUAGGGGUCUCAAUGCCAUCACUGUAAAGAACAGAGAGCCCCUACCGCGCAUCGAUGAUCUGUUAGAUAAAGUGCAAGGGUGUCGGUACUUCAGUAARAUAGAUCUGAAGUCCGGGUACCAUCAGAUUGCAAUCCGGCCCGAGGAUCAACACAAAACCGCAUUUCAGACCAGGUACGGUCUGUACGAGUUUGUGGUGAUGCCUUUUGGCCUGUGCCAUGCUCCUGGCACCUUUCAGCACGCUAUGAAUCGGAUAUUCCAUGACUACUUGGAUAAGUUUGUCAUCGUGUACCUCGAUUACAUACUUAUUUUUAGUAAAACUGUCGAGGAGAUUGUUGCACACUUGGACAAAGUCCUUAGUCUCCUGCGACAGCACAAGUUCAAGAUCAACGGUGAGAAGUGCGAGUUUGGGCGCACCCGUGUCUUGUACUUGGGUCAUGAGAUCUCCGUGGAAGGGUUGAAGCCCGAUGACGCGAAGGUGGCCAGCAUUCGUGAUUGGCCACGACCUCUGUCUGUGACUGAGAUGAGAUUUUUCUUAGGAAUGACGGGCUACUAUUGGACUUUUGUAAAGAACUAUAGCAUGGUGGCCGCUCCUUUGACUGAUCUGACCCGCCUUGAUACCCCGUGGGAGUGGACAGAUGAGUGCGAGGCUGCUUUCAGACAUCUGAAGCAUGCACUAAYGCAUUAUGAAGUCUUGAAACUUCCCGAUCCUGAUAAGCCGUUUAUAGUAACCACGGAUGCUAGCCAAUAUGGCAUUGGCGCCGUGCUUAAGCAGCAGGAGGGGCCAAAGUUGAGGCCUGUUGAGUACAUAUCCAAGAAAAUGCCGUCUCAGAAGUUGGCUAAGUCCACCUAUGAGAAARAACUCUAUGCGGUGUUCAAGGCGCUGACCCAUUGGAGACACUAUCUCCUUGGGAGGUUCUUCAUCCUCAGGAUUGAUCAUCAGACCUUGAGAUGGAUGAGAACUCAGCUUGUACUCUCUGACGCAUUGAAGCGUUGGAUAGAAGUCAUUGAGCAGUAUGACUUUGGCCCUCAGUACAUCAAGGGUGAGUACAACAAGGUUGCUGAUGCCUUGUCGCGUAGACCUGACUUCUCAAGUGCGCUGAUUACUGAGUACGAUCUUACGGAUGAUGUCACUCGAUCCUUGGUGGAAGCCUAUCGAGAGGACCAGUUUAUGUCUGAGAUCAUACGCAGACUCGAGGCGAAGGAUAAACAAACUUCAGCCGAGUUUGAGUUGGUCAAUGGCUUGCUGUUUCUCCAGAAGGAAGGGAAUAAACGUUUGUGUGUCCCUGAUAAAGAGUUCUUGCGUAGUCUGUUUUUAGGCGAGUGUCAUGACGCCACCGGCCAUUUUGGGUACAAGAAGACCGCAGCCAAUUUGCUGCAAAGGUUCUGGUGGCCCACGAUGUUAAAAGAUGCUAAGCUGUACGUGGAAACUUGUCAAGUUUGCCAACGAGACAAGCCCCAUACUCAAGCUCCUCUUGGGCUGCUCAAGCCCCUUCCGAUUCCGGAAAGGCCGGGUGAAAGCUUGUCCAUGGACUUCAUGGAUACGCUGGUCACCAGCAAGAGUGGGAUGAGGCAGAUCUUCGUCAUCGUGGAUAGGUUUAUUGUCGUCUUUGAUGUGCUGUCUCAUCUAUCACGGGGAGCUGCAGGCAGUGGAGUAUAACAUGCAAUCUGACAAACCAGGGACCUGCAGUGCAAUCUGACAAACCAGGGACCUGCCAUGCAAUCUGACAAACCAAGGACCUGCAGUGCAAUCUGACAAGCCAGGGACCUGCAGGCAGUGGAAUACAUCACAGUUUUGGAGCUCUGCAGAAUUGCAGACAAGUCAUGGGGGGGGAUACGUAGUAAAUUUGGGGCUGGCCAGGUACUGGCAAUGGUGCCCCUAAGAAGUUAUUCAGGGUUCGCUAGGGAGAGUAUCACCAAUGAAUCUGGACCCCUUGC